AUGGAUAGACGUGAGUUAUUUAAAGGACUUGCAGAGCUUGAAGUAAUGGAUAUUAUAGAACAUGGACUUAAAACGAAUGAUAAUUUUCUAUUUGAUACAAGUAGAAUAGUUGAUAAAGUAUUAAUUUCAAGAAACCAAUUGAAGAGACAUUCUAGAUGUCCGUUUUAUGAUUUUAAUUAUCCUAGUUAUGAAACAUGCAAAGAACUAAUAAAGAAUCAUAAAUAUUCUGAAGUUGAUUUUAUAGUAGUACUUUUUGAUUGGUAUGAAUUAUUUGAUAAAGAUACAUUUUUGACUCCUGAAGCCCUUACUUUAGCACUUUAUUUAAAAAGAUAUAAAUACAUAAAAGAAAAUAUAGAAUUGGAAAAUGAAAAUGAAAAUAUUUUAAAAAUACAUUACCCAAGUGAGGUAGGAGUAAUAAAUAUUAACUCAUUUUUUGAUGAACUAAAUACGGGAAAUAUAGAUUUACGUAAUGCUCAUGAUACAUCUAAAGAACGUUUUAAAAAAAAUGCAUACCUAUUCAAUUCCUAUGAUUAUAUAGAAGGCUUUCGUAAAAGAAUAGAGUACACUAAAUACGAAAUAGUUAACGAUUUUGAUUAUGCACAUAGUUUAUAUAAAGAUGGAGAUAGGAGUAAUGAGGUAUUAUCUAAAUUGUUUUCCGUGGAUCCUGACAAGUAUGAUGAAUAUAUGGGUGAAUCAGAUUUCUUUUUAGUAUUUGCUAGACAUGAUAUAGAUUGUCGUCAUAUAAUAUCAAAAAAAUAUCACAAAUUCAAGUAUAAUAUAUUAUACAUUAAUAUAUUAUUUCCAAAUAGUACACAACUUUAUCAAGAAUACAUAGAUAUUCCUGAGUAUAAUUUGUUUGUUGCUGCUGUGAAAAUGAACAAUAAAAGACUUAUAAGAAAAUUGUUAAAGUUAUAUAAAGAACAUGGAAAAUUUUACAAGAAAAUGGAUUUAGAGAAACAAAUAUUCAUAGAUGAAGAACUUCAUGAAAUACCAGAGGUCGAACCAUUAAAUUUAGUUACUGGAGAUAUUUUGAAUCCAUAUCAUGAAUUGAAAAAUCAUCCUUCCAAGAAAGGCAAAACUUUAUCUGUCUUUAUGCCUGCUAUUUUCUAA